UUGCUGCUGAUCAUUCCCCGAAGACAGACGCCUUGAAGGACAUAUCGCCAUUAAAAAAUACUAAUAAUACUAAUAAUAGCAGAAGUAAAAAUAAGCAUUAACGAAGCUUGGGUUACAAAAUGGAAGUGGAAGAAAACAACGUCCUGUACAACAGUGUGCUUGAUGAUAAUUUUAAAGAAGUUUGUCCAGAGAAAGUAAUAAAGUUUAAACCUCCAUUAUACAAACAACGGUAUCAGUUCGUUAAAGAUUUAGUGGAUCGCCAUGAACCCAAGAAGGUUGCAGACAUGGGAUGUGGUGAUACCAAACUCCUAAGGCUGCUGAAAGUCUACCCAUGCAUUCAACUGCUUGUUGGGGUAGAUAUCAAUGAGGAAAAAUUACAGUCGAAUGGGCAUUAUUUGUCUCCUUAUUUGGGAGAGUUUGUAAAACCCCGAGAUCUAGAUUUGACUGUCACCUUGUAUCAUGGCUCUGUUGUGGAGAGAGACUCUCGUUUGCUUGGAUUUGACUUGAUAACAUGUAUUGAAUUAAUAGAACAUUUGGAUUCAGAUGAUCUAGCCAGAUUUCCUGAAGUGGUAUUUGGAUACCUGUCACCAGGCAUGAUUGUCAUCAGCACACCAAACUUGGAAUUCAACCCCCUUUUCCCCACAAUGACCCUAAGGGAUGCAGAUCAUAAAUUUGAGUGGAGCAGAAUGGAGUUUCAGACCUGGGCCUCCCAAGUGGCGCACCGCUACAACUACCACGUGGAGUUCACGGGGGUAGGAGCACCCCCAGCCGGAGCUGAGCAUGUUGGAUAUUGUACCCAGAUAGGUGUCUUCAGAAGAAACAGUGGGAAGGCAGCCGAGUUGUGUGUGUCAGAGCAGCAUGACCAACAUGUUUACAAAGUGGUUUACACGACCACCUACCCAAGCUUGCAGCAGGAAAGGGUGCUCAAAUUUGUGCUGGUUGGGGAACUGCUGGUCCAAGUGGAGCACCUGCGGUUGCGGCAGCAGCGGAUGCUGCGGGAGGAGAAGGGGGCGCGGGGUCCUCAGCCGCAGGCCCCGCCCCUGCUGCUGGGCGCCGUCUUCACGGAGGCGGAGCAGGCGCGGAUAGAGAGCUCCCCCAAGCCCUUCUGCGAAGGAGAUAAGUUCUGCAUACCGCUGCGGAGGCUCCUGGCCUACCCCAAACUGCACCGCCUGCGCCUCGACGAAGACAGGAUGCGCCGCCUCAUUGCCGACUCGGUGUGCCUGAGCCGGGACGGCAGCGCCGUCGUGGUCGACCUGCACAGCGCCUGGGAUCGUUGGCCAGAGGAGAACUGAGCCCCCCGUGUCUCCUGAAGCCCAGAGUCGCCGUGAUCGUCGGGCUGGGCUCACUUACAACUUGAACUUUGUAUAGUUGGCAUUCAAGUCAAAUCUCGGAAGUUUUAACACAAAUCGGGUCCUAAACUAGUUGGCAGUGAUGUAUAGACGUAUAGAGUGCUUUUUUUACCUGAGAAAAAGGGUUAGGGUUUAACUAGAAGUGGUAUGCUUUCCUUUAAAAUUUGGUUUUUUCUUUGAUAUUUAUGAUAAUGAAAAAAUUUUGAACUUUACACUGAUUUUGGUAUGAGAGCUAUGUGUUGACUGUGACAUUAAAAAUUUGAAAUAUGA